CAAAGCGCGUACAACUCUUCUCAAAUGACAUUUUAAAUUCUUUUCAUUUAAAAACGUUGUAUUACAUUUGGAAUCGGAAUAAUUAAAAAUAACAUUAUAAAUUCUAAAAUAUGAAUAUUACUAAAUCACUUGUGCAUUUAAUGCUUCUAGCGUUAUCUAACGCAUUUACGAAUAAAACACUCGUUUUGGUUAAUUUGGUGUAUCGACAUGGUGCUCGUUCCCCUAUUGAGUUUUUUCCUAAUAACCAAUAUAUAAAUCAAUGGCCUGUUGAUCCCGGAAUGCUUACAAAGGUUGGAAUGAAUAUGGAAUUUGAAUUAGGAAAAUUUUUAAAGAAGCGUUAUAUAGAAUCUAGUUUUAUUAAUCAAAGUUAUAUUGCAAAAGAGGUUUACAUUCGAAGUUCAGAUGAAUCUAGAUGUUUACAAAGUGCAGAAACUCAAUUGGCUGGUCUCUAUCCACCAAUAGGUUAUCAGGUGUGGAAUGAGAACAUCACAUGGCAGCCAAUACCUGUUCACACUGUCCCUGGUGAUGUCGACCCUGUUUUGCGUUCUGAUGACACAUAUUGCCCUCGUCUUAAAAAAUUGUUAAAGCAGUUGACUUUAAAGCCGGAAUAUAUUCAAAAGGAACAUGAAAACCAGGAUUUUCUUAGAGUAUUGAGCAAUUAUAGUGGAAUGACAGUUAAUUUUACUAAUUUAUGGAUAAUAGAUGACGCAAUAAAGUGUGAGAAAGCUCAAGGUUUCAAAGGACCAAAAUGGUAUAAAGAAGUAGAGAAACCAUUGCAUGAACUGGCUGCUUGGAUUUUUUUGCAAGAGUAUAAUGAAGUUGAUGAUGAAUUGGGUAGACUUUUAGGAGGUAAUUUAUUGAAUUUGAUAAAUAUCAACAUGCUAAAGUAUUUUGAUUCAAAAUCUUAUGAUGGCAUCUAUAAGCUUACAAUGUACUCAGGACAUGAUACAUCAAUUAUGUCAUUGACAGCAGCAUUAAAUGUGGAUAUAACACCCCCAACAUUUGCAUCUUGUUUUAUGAUUGAAUUGUACCAACAUAGUAAUGGAGACCUUUAUGUGGAAAUGCAGUUUCGAAAUGAUACAUCGGGGAACACUGUUCCAUUUAAACUUAAGAACUGUGGUUUUUCGUGCCCUCUAUUAGAAUUUCUAAGACUGACAUCAAGAAGAACAGCAAACAAACAACAUUGUUAUAAUGAAAGUAAAAAUGAUGAAAUAUUUACUUUUCUGCAAUUGAAAAUUGGAGCAGCUGUGUUUAUGUCGUUGACGAUAGUUUUAAUUUUUUCUUUAUUUAUUUUUAUAAUACGUCGUAAAAGGGCUUUGAUAAUUGGUCAUAAAAGAUUACUUGAAAUAUAAAUAAAAACUGAUAACUAAUAAUAAUUCGAAAUGCAAAUAUCGUAAUUUUCUUUUACGAUUAGAACACUAAACAAGUCUUGAAAUAUAACUUUUUUGUUCUGUGUUGAACAUGUU